CAGGCGCCAUCCGCCCCGGACCGCCCCGCGCCGCAGAGCCCGGCGUCGGCGCGCCCCGCCAGCGCGCAGGUCGCGGGCCCCGCGCUCACGCCCUCCGACCGCAGGGCGCGGAUCCGGCAGCUGCUGCGACGCCUGGAGCUGUCGUCCCCGAGCCUCGCGGACGUGCAGCGCGUGGAGGCCAGGCAGCAGCGCGCCCUGCACCGCCACAACCAGCAGCACGGCGGGGCUUCGUCCUCACAGGAGAGCCGCUGCGGCAGUCCAGGUCCCUGAUGGACCUCGUCUCCGCGGCCGGCAACGCCAGGAACGGGGGCGCUCGUCCCGCCGCGCCAACCCCUCUCGGCCAGCGCAGCUGCGCCGGCUCGUGGCGUCCCUGCCGGCCACCGUGGUGGGGGGCACGCCGCCCUCCGAGGCUUGCACGAUCUGCCUGCAGGCGCCGCAGCAGGACGAGGUCUUGGUAACGCUGCCUUGCGGCCAUUGGUACCACAGCGACUGCAUCCGAGAGUGGCUGGGCGUCGCUCGGCUGUGCCCCUUGUGCAAGGGCAGCGUCGUCUCGCAAGACGCGGACUGAUCGGAGAGCGCUUUGCUUGGGAUAUGUUGGCCACGGUGCCCCCCCAGGAGGUCCAGCCUCCGACUUCCUGUUCCCUCAGGGCCUCCUCGUCUCGUCUCCAGCUCGCCACAGUCUCCCACCUCGGGCUGGGGCCGCCUCUGCCACCGCCCGACCCCGUCUGCUAGUUCUUGCCUGUUGCCCCCAGUCGUUCUAUUCAACGCCGCACUAUUUAAUAUUGCGCGCUCUUCGAAUUCUCUGCCGGUCCGUGAGUGACUGGUGUGACCUUGCGGGGCUGCUACCUGAACUCGGCAGCUGCACAUCGACGUAGCCGAGCCGCGCGAGAUUCGUCGCCGAAUCUCAGUCUCAGCCUCUCGAUGCC